UAUAAUGUCAGGAUACAUUUUUUCGAUAUUUUAAAAUUUCAAGUUUUUUACAAUGAUUUUAUUAAUAUUUUUAGUCGUCAUGUUAUGUGCUGUGAAUGCAAAUAACGCAUCAUCUCGAGAGAAAUGGGCAACGACCAGAAAGAAUUUAGUCUUCGAAGAUUCGAGACGUCUUGAUCCUGUCAAAUUGAUUAAUCGCAAAUCCCGGCGCACGGUUCAGGGGGAAGAUUACUAUUACGCUCCAGGUAAUGUCACCCGGAUUACAAUUUCCGGGAUACAAGCAUACCGGUCUGCGUUGACGCUGGACUGGCUUGCGGCAGAGGACUCGCGUCAACGUGAGCUAGUGGCAGCUUACGAGACGGAGCCCUCCGCGCCAGCUAGGAUCAUCACAACCGAAUGUAUUAACUACCCGAGACCCUCGUCCGGUAAGGUGGGGAAGUUGAUGCUGGAAUUGCUCAAGAACCUAGAAGGAGACGAAGGUGUUUUAGUACCGGAACUGAUCCAUGUGCUUGUACGAACAAAGCUACUAGUGGAGACGUCGAUGUUGGACUCGGAGCCUGACCUUGAAUCCUUAGUAAAGACGCCGAUGAUGAUGAUGGGAGAGCCACACAUCACCUUCCCGAGGAUAUUGGCGAUUGUAUGGAUGUUAGUUACUGAUACCAGUACGACAAGGAAUAAUGGAUGGUGUCCUCUUUUGAAAGUCAACAAAUACUUGAUAUCAACAAAACCGACGGAUAUCGCGAAGCAUUUGCGCGUACUCGAGCCCGUGAUAGCGCGGGCGAGGUUUAUCAUGGAAGAGUUCAUUCAAAACGUGACGCCGCUCAACAUGUUCCAGAAGCAAACAGAAGAAAUUACCCCCCUGAAUGAUAUUGAUACUACGCCUAAAGAAUCUCCGGCUAAUGAGAAGGGUGAUAUUUUAGCAAAACUGCCUCGAUCCAGUGGCGAAGAAAUGGAGCAGCCAGAAGACCAAGAACAGCCCGAGCCCAGUCUAGAACCAGAAUACCCAAGUUCCCCUGUGUUAGACCAAGCCCAGCAGAUUUCAUUUGGCCAAGAAGAAGUCGAAGUGGAUAAGAGCAAUGCAGUUGCUAUUAAAGGGUGGAUUUCAUUAUUAGCUAUGGUUCAUACUGUUAUGGUCUUGUGUUGUUAAUAAAAUUUUUCGUAAUUUCAUUGUUACUAUUUA